AUUUCCCUCCUUCACAAACUGACACUUACUACAUCCCUCUUCUUUGUAACUUCCGUCCCCCCUCUCUCUCUCUCUCUCUGUGCACUCUCUUCUUCUCCCCACACUACCAAUUCUCAUUCGACAAAUUAAGCUCUGUUUUUUCUUCUCUUCUCCCAUCAAUGGAGAGCUUUGCCCUCCACUCCACCUCCUCCUCUCUUCCCCCCCGCUCUUCCUUUCUCCGCUUCCGCCCCAUCUCUAAAUCCCCCUCGUUCCUUACCCCUCGCCUUACCGCCCCCUACUCAAUCCCCACCCUCCAAUCCUUCUCUCUUUUCCCCGCAACCACAAAUCCCUCUCGCCUCCCAUCAAUCCGCGCCUCUUCUUCCUCUAAUUUACCCAAUCGCCCCUCUCCUUCUUCCGAAUUCACAGACCCACCCCCUCCCCCUUCCCAAGGUGCUAAACCCCUCCCGUUCAUAAUCUCAAUCUCCAUCGGCCUCAUUGUUCGCUUCCUCAUCCCCAAGCCCCCCGAAGUUACUCCCCAAUCCUGGCAAUUACUCUGCAUAUUCCUCUCCACCAUCGCAGGUCUCGUCUUGAGCCCCUUGCCCGUCGGCGCCUGGGCUUUCCUCGGCCUCACCGUCUCCAUCGUCACCCAAACUCUGUCCUUCUCCAGCGCCUUCGCCGCCUUCACAAACGAGGUCAUCUGGCUGAUUGUGAUCUCCUUCUUUUUCGCCCGCGGGUUUGUGAAGACCGGGUUGGGGGAUAGGAUCGCUACCUAUUUCAUCAAGUGGUGGGGGGGUAGUACGUUAGGUUUGUCGUACGGCUUGACGAUUAGCGAGGCGCUCAUCGCCCCGGCCAUGCCGAGCACCACUGCGAGGGCCGGUGGUGUGUUCUUGCCGAUAAUCAAAUCCUUGUCGCUAUCCGCCGGGAGUGAACCGGGCCAUCCCUCGGCCAAAAAACUUGGGUCUUAUCUCGUUCAGUCCCAAUUUCAGUCUGCUGGUAACUCUAGUGCUCUUUUCCUAACUGCUGCAGCUCAAAACCUUCUCUGCCUCAAAUUAGCUGAGGAACUUGGGGUUAUAGUUACAAGCCCUUGGUUGACUUGGUUCAAGGCUGCUAGUUUACCUGCACUUGUUGCUCUCCUAGCUACCCCACUGAUCUUAUACAAGCUAUAUCCUCCUGAAAUGAAAGAUACACCAGAUGCCCCUGCCUUGGCUGCAAAGAAACUGGAGCAAAUGGGUCCUGUCACCAGAAAUGAGUGGGUGAUGGUUGGUACAAUGCUUCUUGCAGUGUCUUUGUGGGUCUUUGGAGAGGCUUUUGGUAUAGCAAGUGUUGUAGCUGCAAUGAUUGGCUUAUCUAUACUCCUUUUGUUGGGGGUCCUAGAUUGGGAUGACUGCCUAAGUGAAAAAUCGGCAUGGGACACCUUGGCUUGGUUUGCUGUUCUAGUGGGUAUGGCAGGACAAUUGACAAACCUUGGUAUCAUCACCUGGAUGUCAGACGGUGUGGCCAAGUCACUUCAAUCCUUAUCUCUGAGUUGGCCAGUGGCGUUUGGUGUUCUUCAGGCCUCUUACUUCUUGAUCCACUACCUCUUUGCAAGUCAAACUGGCCAUGUUGGAGCUUUAUACUCUGCAUUCCUUGCUAUGCACUUGGCAGCUGGGGUUCCUGGUGUGUUGGCAGCUCUGACUUUGGCUUACAACACAAAUCUUUUCGGUGCUCUAACACAUUAUAGCAGUGGUCAGGCUGCUGUAUACUAUGGAGCUGGUUAUGUAGACCUUCCCGACAUAUUCAAAAUGGGCUUCAUAAUUGCUCUUGUCAAUGCUAUCAUCUGGGGAGUAGUUGGAGCUUUGUGGUGGAAAUUUUUGGGCCUAUAUUGAUUUUUUUUUUUCAUUACAAUGCGGUCAAAUUAUUUCUACUUUAUCCUUCAGCUUGUGGGAACGUUAGAAAGACGGUGAUUUUCUGAAAUGCUCGAAGCUCCUGAGCACACAACACAAUUCAAAGCUCUGCCUGCAGAAGAUCUUGGAAAGUAAGAUAUGUAUGAUUUUUAUGUUGAGCUAGAUCAAUAAAUACUGGCCCUUCCAAGAAAUCUUGAGUGGUAGGGCAAUUUGUAAAUGGGCUGGGCAUUUCAAGGAUCAGCCUUACUUUGAUUGGCAUUAAAAAGCUUUUGAGGUUGAGAACUAA